UUCCCGCUUCAUUGCACAGGAUAGGGCCUUUGGGUUGGGGAUGUGGGAGUGUGGAUAACUGUACUUGCUUGUCUCUGCUUGGCCUCGUUAUGGAACAAUGUAUGCACGCCUGGCGAGAUACCCACAUACACAAAUGUCAGGGAAAUGUAUUGGAGUUGACGAAGUUGGGGCUUCGCCAAGUUAUCAGUGAGGGGAAAAGAAAUGGGUGUUUCACUUUUCGUCCCAACUUUUACAAUUCAAUUUCACUACAAGUUUGGAGCUCUAGAUGCUCUGUCGGAAAACUGAAGGCCAAAGCAGCGAAGUGCCGUUGUGCUUCAUUGGCCAGGGACGCCCAACAAGAAGAUGGAGAAGCAGAAGAUUUUCAAGUACUGGCGGCUUUGAGAAGCAGUUUCAACGAUAUUGUAAUUGUCGAUACUCCGAGUUCCAGGAUGCUGCUUCUCGACUCUACUCAUAAUGUCCAUAGCAUUCUUUACAAGGACCGUAAAUGGACUGGUUCCUAUUGGGAUGAGUUCGCUAGCUUGCCAGCUAUUGUUCCAAAAGGUCCCAUCGCAAUCUUUGGUUUGGGUGGUGGAACUACUGCUCGUCUAAUGCUCGACUUGUGGCCUUCAUUGCAACUUGAUGGCUGGGAGAUUGAUGCAAUUUUGAUUGAUAAAGCAAGAGAAUAUCUUGGGCUGUCAGAUCUUGAGAAACUUACUCUAGCUGGUGGUAUACUCAAUGUACAUAUUGGCGAUGCCUUUUCACAGUCAGUUAAUGUGUCUGGAGGAUAUGCUGGCAUUGUUGUUGACUUGUUUUCUGACGGAAAAGUAUUGCCACAGUUGCAAGAGGUCACAACUUGGUUAGAAUUGAAUGAUAAAUUGAUGCCCAACGGUCGUAUCAUGGUGAACUGUGGUGGCAUGGAUGAAGCAUCUGUUGUGAUGGAUGAAACACUUUAUCCUAAAACUUCUUCAAUUGAUGGAACCUGGGUGCAAAAUUCUACUGUCAAGGCACUAUCAAAAGCUUUUCCUGGACAAUUAAGCUGGAAGAGAAUGCCAAAAAGAUGUGGUGAAAAUUAUCUAGCACUGACAGGACCUUUGCCAGAUUUGACUUCAUGGUCUGCUGCAGUGCCAGAUCCUCUGAGUGAGAGUGUAAAGCAUUGGAAGGCUUUAGCCUAGAAAAAGCGUGUUUGACCAGGAACAGAGAGAGAGGGUUGCGUGGGAAUCCCUUCGAUCGGUGGGGCGAAACAAAAAGCCAUCCUGAUCCGGGCUUUUGUGUAUUUGAAUAUUGAUUAAGCUAACCGAGGCCUUGAUUUGUGUACGGUGUCGUAUCACCACGUGUAAAUGCCGCGGACUUUGCGGAUUUUUGCUUUUUCUCAUCCAAACCCUCCUCACGUGCCAAACCCACCAAUUAAUGUCAUUUCUCAAUUUCUUUUCUUUUCUUUUCUUUUCUUUUUUUUUUUUUUUUUUUGGUGAAUGUACGUACGUAUGAGAGAUACAUUUUGGGUGUACUUAAUUAUAUAUAAUAAUGUUUGUUAAUUUAGAACAA